AUGUCUAUUACCUUACCAAGUGGUACCAGAUCGGAAACCUUCAAGGCCGUCCACAAGUACACCGAGCCAACCCGUCGUCCAAUUGAACCAGUUGGACCUUUGUUCCUUGCCCACGCUUCAAGAACCUUAAGAGGCCACACCUGGUCCGAGUUUGAAAAGUUGGAAGCCGAAAAGAACGUCACGGUUGUUCAAGAAAACGGAGACGACGACAUUGGUGAUGAAGACCAAGACGAAGACUUGUUAGCACACGAUCCAAGAGAAUGGAAGUCUGCUGAUUUAUACGCCGUCUUGGGUCUUUCCAAGUUAAGAUACAGAGCCAACGAAGACCAAAUCAGAAGAGCCCACAGAAAGCAAGUCCUCAAGCAUCACCCAGAUAAGAAGUCUGCUUCUGGUGGAUUAGAACAGGACGGUUUCUUCAAGAUUAUCCAAAAGGCAUUUGAAAUUAUGUUGGACUCCAACAAGAGACAACAGUACGAUUCCGUUGACACCAACGCCGACGUCUUACCACCACCAGCCAAGUCCAAGUACGAUUUCUUUGAAGCAUUUGGACCAGUCUUCGAAAGCGAAGCCAGAUUCUCCAAGAAGCAACCAGUUCCAUUAUUAGGAGACGCUUCCGCUACCAAGGAACAAGUUGACGAGUUCUACAACUUCUGGGGUAAGUUUGACUCUUGGAAGACCUUUGAGUUCAAGGAUGACGAUGUUCCAGAUGACACUGCCAACAGAGACCACAAGCGUUACAUUGAGCGUAAGAACAUCGCUGCCAGAAAGAAGUUCAAGCAAGAAGACAACAAGAGAGUCAUUGACUUGGUUGAGAGAGCUCACUUGGAAGAUCCAAGAAUCAAGGCAUUCAAGGAUGAAGCUAAGAAGGAAAAGGAAAGAAAGAAGUGGGAAAGAGAAGCUGGCUCAAGACAAGCUGCUGAAGCUGCUGCUGCCAAGAAGGCCGCUGAGGAAGAAGCCGCUAAGAAGGCUGCUGAAGAUGCCGCUGCUUCUAAGCAAAACUCCAAAAAGGCUAAGGAAGCUGCCAAGGCUGCCAAGAAGAAGAACAAGAGAGCUGUUAGAGGUUCAGUCAAGGAUGUUGACUUCUUUGGUGAUGCUGCUCAAUCCGCCGGUAUUGAAGAAGAUGUUGACUACUUGCUCGAGAAGUUCUCCGAUGUUCAAUUAGGAGAAGUUGCAGCCAAGGUCACUGGAGCUGACGCUGCCACUGUCAAGCAAGCAUUUGUUGAUGUUGCAGCAGAGUUGGGAGUGUCAAGUUCAUUAAAGUACUUUAAAUAA